AUGGCAGGCGAGGGUGUCACGGCCAUGAUCGUGGCUGCUGACGCCGGAGACAACCCGCUGGCGGACCGCCGCGAGGACCGGAAGGCGGCGGCAGAGCGGGAGAGGAAGGCCAAGGUGGCGAAGGUCGCCUCGCAGGCGACGAACGCGAUGGCGGCAGUGCGGGCGCAGCUCGAUUUGCGGAAGGUGGCAGCAGACAAGGCGGCGAACAAAGCCAACGACGACGCGGGGGCGCCGGUGAGGGCGUCGUCCACGAUGCUCGAACGAGUGUUCGAUGCCCGCCUCGACGGUCCGGACAAAUACGUUGUGGCUCGACGAAAGGAGCGAAAGACGGCUGCCGGGGCUGGCACUGCUGCCGAUUUGGCGGCGGAUGGCGAAAUACCAAACAACUCUAACAGCCUGGAGCCCUGUUUUUUGUUUUGCUCGUUCUGCGACGACGCCGCUGCCUGCGUGGACAUCGCGAGGCAGUGCGAUCACUAG